AUGGUGGACCGCGAGCAACUGGUGCAGAAAGCCCGGCUGGCCGAGCAGGCGGAGCGCUACGACGACAUGGCUGCGGCCAUGAAGAACGUGACAGAACUGAAUGAGCCGCUGUCCAACGAAGAGAGGAACCUCCUUUCUGUGGCGUACAAGAAUGUCGUGGGGGCGCGCCGUUCCUCCUGGAGGGUCAUCAGUAGCAUUGAGCAGAAGACGUCUGCCGACGGCAACGAGAAGAAGAUCGAGAUGGUCCGUGCUUACCGCGAGAAGAUAGAGAAGGAGCUGGAGGCGGUGUGUCAGGACGUGCUGGGCCUGCUGGACAACUACCUGAUCAAGAACUGCAGCGAGACCCAGUACGAGAGCAAGGUGUUCUACCUGAAGAUGAAGGGGGACUACUACCGCUACCUGGCUGAGGUGGCCACAGGGGAGAAGCGGGCCGCCGUGGUGGAGUCCUCCGAGAAGGCCUACAGCGAAGCCCACGAGAUCAGCAAGGAGCACAUGCAGCCCACGCACCCCAUCCGACUGGGCCUGGCUCUCAAUUACUCCGUUUUCUACUACGAGAUCCAGAACGCCCCUGAGCAGGCGUGCCACUUGGCCAAGACGGCUUUCGACGACGCCAUCGCGGAGCUCGACACGCUCAACGAGGACUCCUACAAGGACUCCACUCUCAUCAUGCAGCUCCUCCGUGACAACCUCACGCUCUGGACGAGCGACCAGCAAGAUGACGAUGGUGGAGAAGGUGGCAAUUAA